AUGAAUGAAAGCAAUUCAAAACAUAAUAAAUCUAAUUUUAAAUAUUUGAAACUUUUUUUCCUCUUGAAUGGAAGUUCAUGUCGUAGAAGUGACGAGGGUAGAAGCUUCGAGCUUGUUUAUAGUUACACGAUCCUUUUGCCUCAGUUCAAAGUUGAAUACUGUUUUCAAGGAAACUUUGUAACUGAGUUCAUAACGCAAAGUUAUUUCAUUUUAAUUGGAGUUCUACUCUCCCAAGAAGAUAUGAUUAAAGAUUAA